AUGAGGGUUCUUUUUUGGAAUAUCAAUGGUGUUGCGCGUACAGCAGCACAUUCUAAGCUUAGGGAGUUGAUUAGAGAUUUCCAUCCUGAAGUUUUUGGCCUUGCUGAACCAAAAGUGGCGUGCUCAGCAAAUUUUUGGAGGAGGCUAAUUUCUGAAGGUUAUUCUUCGUUUAUUAUUAAUAAUUCUGCUAAUUCUGGUAUUGCAAAUCUUUGGGUUUGUUAUAAGGAUGGGCUUCAUGUUUCUGUAGUUAAUUCUAGUAAACAAGCUAUUACAAUUGCGGUUGAUGGUGUGUAUAUCUAUUUUGUCCAUGCUAGCUACAUUCAAACUACUAGGCGCAGGCUUUGGAAGCAACUAGUUAUGCAAGAUACAAUUACACCUUGGCUUGUCAUAGGUGAUUUUAAUUGUAUUUUGCGUUUGAAUGAGAAGAAAGGUGGCUUGGAAAUAAGAUCGUCUGUUAUUGAUGAGUUCAGUGAUUGGAUGGAUGAUAAUGAUCUUUUUGAAUCGGAUUCCUUGGGCAGCAAAUUCACUUGGUGUAAUAGGCAAUCUGGUACUAGGCGUAUUGUUAGUAAGUUGGAUCGUGCAAUUAUUAAUGCGGCUUGGCUUGCUAAAUUUGAUAAUUGGAGGUGUAAAGCUCUUCCUAGGGAAGUUUCCGACCAUUCUACUCUUCUUGGGUAUCCUUUUUCUGUUCCUAGGCCUUGUCGAGCUCCUUUUCGUCGGCUGAAGAUUGCAAUGAAGGAUUGGAAUCUGAGGAUUUUUGGUAAUGUGAAUUCUCGUUUGAAGCAAGACCAACUUCGUUUUGAGACAACAACUCUUAUUUCAGAUGAGGAUCCUAGUAAUACUGCUAAACUAAAUGCAAUGAAGGAUGCUAUGAAAACUUUAUGUGAUACUCAUUUGCAACAGUUAACUAUGCUCAAGCAAAAGUCUAGGAACAAAUGGUUGGUGGAGGGUUCAAGUAAUUACAGUUUCUUUCAUAAUAGCAUUAGAAUUAGAAAAAGUUCUAAUACUAUUUCGGAACUUGUUGAUAUGAAUGGGACUUGUUUGACAAAUUAUGAGCAGCUUCGUAAUCAUGUAGUUAAGUUCUAUGAAGAUAAGUUCAAUGGCCAAGAUCCGGUGAUAGAAGGUGGUUUAUUGGAUUUUGAGCAUGCUUCAAUUUCUGUUGAGGAGAGCAACGCCAUGGAUAUGAUUCCAUCCCCGGAAGAAAUUAAGCAAGAUGUUUUUGAUCUGAGUGCGGAUAGUGCCCCAGAGACGGAUGGUUUCUCUGGUUGUUUCUAUCGUCAUUGUUGGGAUAUUAUUCAUGAUGAUUUAACCAAGGCCAUUAUUCAUUGA